GACGUUUGUGACAUUGGAGACUGACAUUUUCGUGACAAAAACCUGUGACAAAAACACGAGUCAACUAAUUUGUGAUAAUAUUCCAAAAUUACCAAUUCGCGAAUUUUUGUUUGCAUUAGUUUCGCCCCAAAUCAGAGGGAGUCAUGUCGAAAAUACCAAAGAAGACUCGAGACAAGUUACAGAAAAACGUGGAUCACCAGCGGUACAUUUCCCGAAUCACCAAGACGCUGUAUUAUGGUAAAUUCCCCCGACCAGAUGGGCUAAGUCUACCAGUAACGGAGUUAGCCGCUGAGCUGUUUUCUGAAGCCCAGCGGGGACGCUCUCUGGACAGACUUCACUGCGACGACGCUGCAAACAUCUCCAGGAAGGCCUGCGUUUCGCCCUGCUCCCUAGUAAUCGCCCUUUUGUAUCUAGAACGACUGAAAAAAAUAUGCCCGGAAUAUCUGGAACGAACGGCCUCUUCCGACUUGUUUCUGGUGUCUCUGAUGGUUUCGUGCAAAUUUCUCUAUGAUGACGGCGAAGCCGACGAGGUUUUCAUCGACGAGUGGGCUCUAUCAGGUGGCACGACAGUCAAACAGUUAGUUCAAUUGGAGAAAGACUUUCUGAAAGCUAUUGAAUGGGAAGUUUUCGUCAGUGAGCUAACAUUUUGGAAAAAGCUGCACGAAAUAGAACAAACGUUAGCGCGCAAACAAGGCGCCUGUCGCGGUUUUUUCACCUACACGGAACUGGAAGCCCUUUUAACCGCAAUCGAACUCCAAAGUCUAAUUCAAACCGUCGUAUCAAUGUCGGCGCUUCUAAUCGCGUCGUACAUCGUCGCCGUCUUCGCUCUAUUCGGCUCAGUCUUCAUCGUGAGCCACAUUCCCGGUACCUACUUACAACCAAAGUUUGAUAUUUGCGAAAACGACACACUCAUCCCAGUUACGCUAAAUUCUGAAUGCGGCGACGUCGAAACUGACAUUCCAGACAGAAUCCAACCCAGUGAAACCCCCACAAAGAGCGAAAUCCCGACUUUGAAUGUAAUCAAAACUAGUAUUUUCCUGGCUUCCAUUGAGAGUUUUUUGAAGCCGUUUUGCAACAAGAGCGAGAGUGUGGAGUCGCCGGUGAACGACGACAAUGUUCAGAACGUGUCGUGGGAUUGGUGGACCGCACCGACGUUGAAAUGGUUGUCUGAAACGUCUGCACUAAUCGAGCGGAAAGUGGAACUACCAACGUGGAACUUGUUGUAUUUUCAAUACCUAUACGAAACUUACAUUCAAGUCAAGUUUUUGGAUCUGGAGGAUCAGGUUCACAGAGCUACGAAAGUUCGAGCGCAGGAUCGGCUGGAAAAUUCAUGGCACACGGAGUGGACGGAUACGAUAAGGAACGAUUUUUACGACAGAGAUGUCCACUAUUAUUUGGAGAAUGUGAAAUCGUAACGCUUUCUAGGACUGAUUUACUAAAUUCGGACUCAAAUGGCCACGUCUUUGGAUAUUCACAAAUUUGUAUUGAUUCAAUAAUAAACGAAAAAAGCAA